UAUGACAGGAGUAACCUCUGUGGGAAGAGAAUGGUGGUGCUGGUGACUGAUCGGUUUGUAUUGGCAUACACCUUCCAUCCACAAUGUGCCAACCCCAGAUCUCCGGUUUCAGGCUGAGAUGUUUUCCCUUCCAUACCAUCACCUGAUAGCACACACGGAGACUGUGGUAACCUGCAGCUGCUGAUGUCGGUGGAAGAGUUUGUGGUGCCACAGCAGAAAUACUUUUGGAUACGUUGUCACAGAAACGAAUGUGUCUUAAAGAACCAAGCGUUUCCUUCUUGACACAGCCAAACAACGAAGCUAUAUCUUCUUCUCCUGCUGCAAUAUAUCGUCUCUGGCCACGUGUUUUUCUUGAUUGAAGAACUUGGCUUCAUCAGUGGAAAUGAGAUCAUGUGUCACCUUCUUUAAUGCUAGACCUCUUCACAGCCCAAACAGAUGUGAUGCCACGUGACUGCAGUCAUUUAAAGCAACAUUACGAGUCAGAUUUCAGACACUCGCUUAGGAAAAAGUGAAUCUUUCUUACCAUUCCAUGAUAUUUGUACAGAGGAACAUUUACUUUUUAACAUACUGCAACGUACGUAAAUGGUUCUAUUUGAUUUCUUUGAGAGGCAUUAGAAGUUGGAGCAGCAAGAAAGGAUAACAAUAUAUGGACGUUUUGGUGUAGGUUCUAACAGCGUUAUCAAGCAAGCUGCAAUAUUGCUGAAUGCUCGGUACCAUAUGUUCUGUGUGUGCAGCAUAUACAGAUAAAACCAAUGGAUAACAACCAGGCUUCAUGUGAAUCCCAUCAACAAGCGUGAAUCAGUUCUGCCGAUAUUUAGAAUAUUCAACCAUGACUCGCCAGAAGGAUGCUGGAUGGGCGUGGGUGUGUGUGGUGGGCUCGUUCUACAUCCACUUCAUUGUGUUUGGACUCAUGCAGUCUUUCGGCGUCAUAUACGUGGAGCUCCUGGGUCAGUUUGAAAGUUCUCGUGGUGAGACUGCCUGGAUUGGAUCUCUUCUCAGCGGACUCGUUCUACUGCUUGGACCCCUGGACGUUAUUGUCCUGGGCCUGCUGGGGACUCGCGUGACAGCUAUACUGGGGGCUGUGCUGGCCUGUGUAGGCUGCAGUGUCAGUUUCCUGGCCGACAGUAUCAUCUUCCUGUACUUCAGUUACGGCGUCCUUCAAGGACUGGGUUUUAGUCUCCUGUUUGUGUCCGCCACCGUCAUCGUGAACCAGUACUUUGUGAAAAGACGGUCCCUGGCCAACGCCCUAGGGUCUCUAGGAGGAGGUGUGGGGACGCUGGCUCUCCCCCCUCUCCUACAGGUGAUGAUGUCGGUGUACACCUGGAGGGGAGCGUUGUUGAUUACAGGUGGGCUCGUCCUCAACUGUGCAGUGUUCGGGGCGCUUUUCAGGCCUUUUUACACCAAGCAGGAACUGGGUGAUCUGAAAACAGAAUCAACGACUUCAGACAAGGAAGAAACAAGUAAAGCCUGCUCUGCUGCCGUUUUCUGCUUUAAAGUAAAAUCCGUCCUGUCAACCUUUACCAACGUCAGGUAUACCGUCUUUGUGGUGGGGUCCGUUGUCGGGGCUCUCGCAUACCUCAUCCCUUUCAACCACCUCCCAGACCUCGCCAACGGCAUAGACAUCCCGGAGAAGAAGUCGACUUGGUUGAUAUCAACCAUCGGGAUAUCCAGCAUGGGGGGACGCCUGCUGUUUGCUCGGAUAUCCGACCUCCCUUGUGUCAACAGAGUGGCGUUCCUCGCUUCAGCCAGUAUUCUGUGUGGUGUUGCCACCAUGAUGUGUCCGACGUUGUUGUCGUUCCCGACGCUGAUGGCUUACUCUGUCUUUUUUGGGACGUUUUUAGGAGUGUGGCUGUACCUACAAGCCGUGGCGGUGGCGGAUACCAUAGGAGUAACCAAACUUAGUGAAGGCUUUGGCUGCCUCAUCUGCUUCCAAGGCAUCGUGGUCUUCCUCGGCUCACCUAUGGCUGGCUGGUUAUACGACUUGACCGGAAACUACGCCAUGUCCUUCUACGCCGCAGGGGGUCUGUUCAUCCUAGGGGGCGCCAUAAUUCUACUUUAUGACGUCAUACUUACCUGCUGCCGGUCGAAACACAGUCAGGCGUAUAGCCCUAACACAGUGGAAGAGCAAGUCUAUGACACCCCUGCUGCUGUAUCAGACGAGGGGGUCUGAUGACGUCAUAUAUGACGUCACACGACCCUGAUGGUUGGAACACAAACACGUGUUGUCCUGGAGAAGCUUCGAUGAAAACAUGGCGGCCGUCGGUGGACGUGGUCUGAUGACGUCAUGUGUGACAUCACACGAACAUCUGACGAUGUAAAAGUCCUAUGUAUAGUGUUUUCUGCUUUGUAUUUUUUUUUAUUAAACCGGUUUAAGUAAUAUAUA